AUGACGGAGCCUACACAUGAGCUGAAGCAUCUCUUUAGGAAACCACCAGAAGACUUCUUCUUCUGGCUCGAAUCACAAGGCGUCGAUACCGAGACUCGCAAACUUUUUGAGCAACACAUGAUUGAUGGCUUCACUUUUUCAAUGCUUACAAUGAAUGACCUUCGUGAGAUGGGCGUUGUUAAAAUAGGCAUUCUUAAAAAGCUUGUCUUUUUAAUAGACGUAUGGCGUUCACGCCAUCAAUCUUGCUGUUUUUGUUUGGGUUUGCUUUCCGAUCAUGAUUUGGACUGCUCUCAUUGCUGCGAGUCCUAUCAAUCUUCUGCUGUUUCCUCAGCCUGUGAAUUGCAUCCUAAGAUUUGGAAAGUCAUUAUCAGUGCAAUCUACGCCUUUCUUUCUCUCGGUGUCACUUCUUUUGUCAUGGUUCUGGCCCAUGAGCGCUUGCCUGACAUAUCCAAAUAUCCUCCACUUCCAGAUAUCUUGCUAGACAACUUGCCAUACAUUCCCUGGGCCUUCGAGGCUGCCGAAAUCAUUGCUGUCUGCCUGUGCCUUAUUUGGUUUACUGUCCUCUUCUUUCACAAACAUCGUCUCAUUCUUUUUCGCCGAUUCUGCUCGCUUCUGGGGACCGUCUUUUUGCUGCGCUCUGUCACCAUGAUUAUUACCUCACUAAGUGUGCCUGGAAAGCACCUCUUAACUGAGUGCCGGCCCUUCGUUUUUGACUCUUACGGGGAGAGACUUGCACGGGCCGCUGAAAUUUGGUUUGGAAUGGGUAGGCGUUUUCACUUUACUAUUGACUGUCAAAGAGAUUAA